GCUAGCUGCGCUCUGAGGAAAAUCCGCUUCCCACGUCAGGAACGGAAUGUCCUAGACGCAGCGUCCCCUGCAGGGGGCGCCCCGCCCCAAAGGGUGCCCCAUUCCGGGCCUGCGCCGUGGGACGCUGGGACCCACUUUCCCGCCACCGAGGGGCGGGCUGGCGCGCGGCGGGCUAGUGCUACUGCGCCUGCGCCUGCGCCCUGGGGCCCGCGGGCAGCGCCACCGCGUGGGCCCCGACGGGCGUCCGCCCUCGGCCCCGCGAGUCGGCCUGAGGCCGCACGGGGCGUUCUGGGUUCUAGUACCGAGUUAAUGGUCAGUAUAGGCUGUUCUUCGGUGUUAGCAAGUGACGAAUGACUGGUCUGGGCGUUUGUGUGAGGACUGAGAGAGAACGCAGGUGAACUCCCAGGCCGAGAAGUGGGUUCUGGUAAACGGUUGUAAAAGUGUGAAGGGAUUAAUGGCUCAGACCGGUGCGGGAGUCCUGACCCGCCAGGAACGCCCUUAUAGCAAAUGCUGACCUACUGUGUGCCAGUUUCACUGCCAACUUGUUGACUCAUUUUAAACUCACAACCACCCAGUGAGAUCUUCAGUUUAGAUCUUGGAGGCAUAUCAACUGUGGUUCUAAAUGGCUAUGAUGUAGUAAAGGAAUGCCUUGUUCAUCAAAGUGAAAUUUUUGCAGACAGACCAUGCCUUCCUUUAUUCAUGAAGAUGACAAAAAUGGGAGGCUUACUCAAUUCCAGAUAUGGCCGUGGAUGGGUUGAUCACAGAAGAUUAGCUGUAAACAGCUUUCGCUAUUUUGGAUAUGGCCAAAAGUCUUUUGAAUCUAAAAUCUUAGAAGAAACCAAAUUUUUCAUUGAUGCUAUUGAAACAUACAAAGGUAGAUCUUUUGACCUUAAACAGUUAAUAACAAAUGCUGUUUCAAACAUAACAAAUCUGAUUAUUUUUGGACAACGAUUCACUUAUGAAGACACUGAUUUUCAGCACAUGAUUGAGUUAUUUAGUGAAAAUGUGGAACUAGCUGCUAGUGCCUCAGUCUUCCUGUAUAAUGCCUUUCCAUGGAUUGGCAUCUUACCUUUCGGAAAACAUCAACAGCUGUUUAGAAAUGCAGCUGUCAUCUAUGAUUUUCUCUCUAAACUUAUUGAAAAAGCUUCAGCCAACAGAAAGCCUCAGAUACCUCAGCAUUUUGUUGAUGCAUACUUAGAUGAGAUGGAUCAAGGUAAAAAUGACCCAUCAUCUACUUUCUCCAAAGAAAACCUGAUCUUCUCAGUGGGUGAACUCAUAAUUGCUGGAACUGAAACUACAACCAAUGUGCUACGGUGGGCAAUUCUUUUCAUGGCCCUUUAUCCUAACAUUCAAGGACAAGUUCAGAAAGAGAUUGAUUUAAUUAUGAGCCCCAGUGGGAAGCCUUCUUGGGAUGACAAAUGCAAAAUGCCUUAUACUGAGGCGGUGUUGCACGAAGUUUUAAGAUUCUGUAAUAUAGUUCCAUUAGGGAUUUUUCAUGCAACCUCUGAAGAUGCAGUUGUACGUGGUUAUUCCAUUCCUAAAGGCACAACAGUAAUUACAAAUCUUUAUUCUGUACAUUUUGAUGAAAAGUAUUGGAAAGACCCAGAAGUGUUCUAUCCUGAGCGAUUUCUGGAUAGCAGUGGAUAUUUUGACAAGAAGGAAGCUUUGGUUCCUUUUUCCUUGGGGAGAAGACACUGUCUUGGAGAACAGCUGGCUCGGAUGGAAAUGUUCUUGUUUUUUACAGCAUUGCUUCAACGAUUUCAUUUGCAUUUUCCGCAUGAACUAGUUCCAAAUCUAAAGCCUAGGUUAGGCAUGACAUUGCAGCCCCAACCCUACCUCAUCUGUGCUGAAAGACGCUGAAAGUACAUGAACAUUUGGGAAUACAAAUAUGUGUUUACCUCACCCCUGAGCCUUGUUUAAUCAAUAUGUGUGUUUGGAUGAAAGUCACAGCAUCAUAAAGCCAAAUGAACACAGAUAUGUCUUAAAAACAAUACUAGUGGAAUAACAAGCACUAGUUAUGGUUUUUCAAGCUUGCAUGGCUUCUAAGGUGGAAUUCCCUGUUGAGGAACACAAAGGUACAAAUGACAUGUGUUGCUUAAGACUCCAAGAAGGGCCUUGAAUGCAGUCAGCAGUGCCUCUUGUUUAGUACCAGGUAUCUCUCAUCCUUAUUAACUUUGUCUGGCUUCUGCCCUAGGGAGCUUUCAUUAUAGAUGCCAGUUCCCUUCUGAUUAGGUAUUGUUAUUAAUAGUCUGUGUGGUACUAGUCCAGUUUAAUAGAGGACUAAACAAGAAAUUAAAACCUAAAUUAAUGGAUAUGGACUACAGAGGUAUGUUAGAUAUGGUAGCAAAUGAUAAGAGAAAUAUAUAUUUAAUUUAGAGCCUGCUAGUGCUCUCAAAUCUUGCCCUCUGCUGUAUCUUCAUGAGAACAGUAUCAUUCUUAUGAAUGAGGUCCUCUGAGCAUCCAUGCUUAUAGCAGCAGUUUGGUACUUAGGAAAUUACAAUAAUGUAUUUACAAUAAAAAUAGCAGAUGGCUAUUGAUUCAUCAUAGGCACAGACAUUUUCCCUGAUACCACUUCCUUCUAAAACCAGUCCCACUUCCCUCUACCCCCAAACUGGACUAUAUUAUCGUUAUAUUGUUCUUAUGAGCAUGUAAUUGUAUAUGUUGAAUUCAUAUUAGUAUGGAGCACAUUAGAUAUUUAUUUUUCCAUUCUUGCAAUACUUUACUGAGAAGAAUGUAUUUCAGCUCCAUCCACGUAAAUGUAAAAGAUGUAAAGUCUCCAUCUUUUUUAAAGGCUGAAUAAUAUUUCGUAGUAUACAUAUACCACAGUUUGUUGAUCCAUUCAUGGGUUGAUGGUCACUUAGGUUGCUUCCAUGAUUUGGCAAUUAUGAAUUGAGCCACAAUAAACUUUCUAGUGCAGAUGUCUUUGUGGUAAAAUAAAUUUUGUUCUGGGUAGAUACCUAGUAAUGGGAUUGCAAGGUCAAAUGGAAGGUCUACUUUUAGAUCUUUGAGGAGUCUCCAAACUUAUCUCCAAAAAGGCUGUAUUGGUUUGCAAUUCCACCACCAGUGUCAAAGUGUUCCCUUCUCUCCACAUCCACGCUAGCAUCUGCAGAUUUGGGACUUUGUGGUGUGCUAAUCUUGCUGAGGUUAGGUGUUAGCUUAGAGUGGUGUUGAUUUGCAUUUCUCUGAUGAUAUGGGACGGUGAGCAUUUCCUUAUGUGUUUGUUUGCCGCUCGUCUGUCAUCCUCAGAGAAGUUUCUGUUCAAAUCUCUUGCCCACUUAGAGAGAGGGCUGUUUGUACUUUUCUUAUUGUUUAAUUUGAGUUCUCUGUAGAUUCUAGUUAUCAGGCCUUUGUCAGAUUCAUAACAUGCAAAAAUCUUCUCCCAUUCCAAAGGCUGUCUAUUUGCUUUGUUUGUGGUACCCUUAGCUGUGCAAAAGACUUUUAGCUUUAUCAAAUCCCAGUAAUAUAUUUUUGGUGUUUCUGCAAUUGCUAGGGGUGUCUUCAUCAUAAAGUUUUUUCCCAGGCCAAUAUCUUCAAGUGUUUUGCCCACACUCUCUUCUAUCAUUUUUAUUGUUUCAUGUCUUAAAUUCAAAUCUUUUAUCCAACAAGAAACCAUUUUUGUCAAUGCUGAGACUGUAUGAGUCCAAUUUUCAGUCUUCUACAUGUGGAUAACCAGUUCUCCCACCACCAUUGGUUAAAAAGGGUUUAUUUUCCCUAUUGCAUGUUUUUGUUAGGCUUAUCAAAGAUUAAAUGACUAUAUGUGGCUGGGUUCAUCUCUAGAUUUUCUAUCCUAUUCCAAAGAUCUACUUCUCUAUUUUUGUGCUAGUACCAUGCUGUUUUGAUCACUAUAGCCUUGUAAUAUAACCUGAAAUCUGGCAACAUGAUGCCUCCAGAUUUGUCUUUAUUUCCAAGAAGUGUAUUUGCUGUUUGGGGUUUUUUCGUGGUUCCAUAUGAAUUGAAGUACUAUUUUUUCAAGUUCUUUAAAGUAUGACAUUGGUGCUUUGAUGGGGAUUGCAUUAAAUCUAAAGAUUGCUUUGGGUGGUAUGGACAUUUUAACAAUGAUGAUUCUUCAUAGCCAUGAACAUAGUAUGUUCUUCCAUUUGUUGACAUCUUCUGCUAUUUCCUUUCUCAGAGUUUCAUAAUUCUCUUUAUAGAGAUCUUUCAUAUCUUUUGUUGAUAUAUUCCCAGGUAUUUCAUCUUCUUUGGUGCAAUUGUAAAAGGAAUAGAGUCCUUAGAUUUUUGUAUAAUUGAUGCUAUUUUAGUAAUUAAUAUUGGUCUAUUCAAGAUUUCUAAAUAUUUCUGGCUGAGUUUUGAAAGGUAUUGUGCUUCCAGAUAUUGGUCCAUCUCCUUUACAUUUUCCUGUUUCUGGGAAUAGAAUUUUUUGUAGUAAUUGUUGAGAAUCAUUUUUAUUUCGGGGGCAUUUGUUAUUUCUCCUUUAUCAUUUCUGAUUGUAGUUAUUAGAGAUCUUAUUUUUCUGUUUGUGGUUUAUCAAUUUUAUUAAUCUUUUCAAAGAACCAAUUUUUUGUUUCACUGAUCUUCUGAAUAAUUCUUUGUUUUCAAUUUCAUUUAGUUCUGCUCUAAUUUUGGUUAUUUCUUUUCUUCUGCUGGGUUUCGGAUUAGAUUGUUCUUCCUUUUCUAAUUGCUUGAGAUGGCCCAUUAGGUUGCUGACUUGCUCUCUUUCUGUUUUCUUGAUGAAAGGCAUCUAAUGCUAUAAAUUUCCCUCAAAUGACUGCCUUUGUAGUAUCCCACAGGUUUUGAUAGUUUGUGUCUUCAUUAUCAUUUUGUUCCAGAAAUCUAAUGAUCUCUUUCUUGAUCUUGUCUAUUACCCAGCUAUCAUUCAGGAUAAGGUUAUUUAGUUUCCAUGAUUUUAUUUUAAUAUGAAGAUUACUGUUGCUGUUGAGUUCAACUUUUAUUCCAUGAUGGUCUGAGAAGAUACAGGAGAUAUUUUUAUUCUUUUGAAUUUGUUGAGGUUAGCCUUGUGACCUAAGAUAUGAUCAAUUUUGGAAGAUGAUCAUGGGCUGAUGAAAAGAAUGCGUAUUUGGUUUUGUUGCGAUAGAUUUGGUUUUGUUCUAUAAAUGUCUACUAAGUCCAUUUGUUCUAGGGUCUUAUUUAAGAGCACUAUUUCUUUGUUUAGUUUCUGCUUGUAGGAUCUGUCUGUCCAAUACUGCCAAUGGGCUGUUAAAAUCUCCAACUAUCACAGUGCAGGAAGAUAUAUUGUUCAGAUCAGUUAGGGUUUAUUUUUAUAUAUCGAGGAGUAUUCAGAUAGGGUGCAUAGAUGUUAACUAUUAAAAUCUCUUCAUAUUGUGUGUUUCCCCUUGAACAGUAUGUACUGUCCAUCAUUGUCUUUCAUUAUUUUUGUUGGCUUGAAUCCCAUUGUAUCUGCAUUCAAGAUUACAACCCCAGCUUUUUUCUGCUAUCCAUUUGCCUGUAAUACCAUUGCCCAUCCCUUCACACUGAGUCUUGUUUUCUUCUUUGAGGUGAGUUUCUUGUAGGCUAACAGAUAUCUGGCCUGAGUUUUUGUCAGCUAACCUAUGGCUCUUUAAAGGAGAGUUCAAACUAUUCACAUUAAUUAAGAAAACUGAUGGAUAUGGCAGAGUUUUGGUCAUCUUGUUUUUCAGAAGUCCAGAGUUUAAUUUUAUGCCUCUCACAUUGUGGAAACUAGGCUUUGUUCUUUAAUUUCUGGGUAGAUUUACUUUGGUGGUGUACCUUCCUGUUGACUGUUACGAAGAAUGGGUCUAUGUAUUGGGUCUAUCUACUAGACCUGUAGAGCUGGUCUAGUCGUGGCACAUUUCUUUAGCAUGUUGAUGUCUGUGAAGUAUUUGAUUUCUCCAUCACAAAUGAAACUCAGUUUAGUAGGAUAUAGGAUCCUGGGCUGGAAAUUGUUUUGUUUAAGAAGGUUGAAGGUCAAUGACCAUCCUUUUCUGACUUGGAAAGUUUUGGCUGAAUGAUCUACAGUCAUCCUUUGCUUUUCCCUUUGUAAGUAAUAACUUUUCUUAUGCCUGUCUGCUUGCAGAAGUUUCUCCUUUUUGUUAACAUUGGCAAAAUUAAUUACAAUGUGUCUAGGAGAUGCUUUGUUUGUAUUGAGUCAUGCUGGGGUUCCUAAACUACUAUCUGAAUUUCUGGGUCUCUUGUAGUACUUGGGAAAUUCUCUGCCAUAAUGUCUUAGAGCAGAGAAUUUGUGUCUUUGGGACCAUCUUCUCUUCAGGAAUCCCUAUAAUUUGGAUAUUUGAUUUCUUAGAAUGAUCCCAUAAUUCUCUCUGGGAAUAUUCUGUUCUUUUUCUCCAUUUUUCUGCCUCUUUGAAUGCUUAGGAUGGUUCAAAAGUCUUGUCUUCUUUAUCUGAGAUUCUUUCUUCACACUGAUCAACUCUAUUUCUUAGGGGCUCUAUUGUAUUUUGAAGCUCCUCAAAUACCUUUUUCAAUUCCCUAAGCUCUGCUAUAUCUUUCUUCAUUAUGUCCAUAUCCUUGGUGACUUUGUCUUUGAAUUCAUUAAUUUCUUGAGACAACUUCUGAACUAUUUUUUGGUUCUCUGUUUCCAUCUUUUCCUCUAUUCCAAUUAUCUUAUUUGCCAUUCAUAUUUUAAAUUCUAUUUCUGACAUUUCAGCAAUUUUUCUGUGGAUGGAAUUUUCUGAUGUAUUUUCUUUGACAUCCCCAGAAAGCGUGAUUUGCUCUGAUUUUUCAUGUUGCCAGACUUCUGCUGAUUCCUCCUCAUGAGUAUUUUCAGCAUCCUUUUUCUCUUUUAUAAUAUGUUAAUUUUACGUUUUUAGUUAAAUUGAUAGAUCAUCCCUGAUGAGUCCAAUUGUCACUGUUGCAGAGCCACUACCACACUAACAAAGGCAGACAAGCAGUGAAUCUGCAGCCCCAAUGUCUCCAGGGGGACAAGAAUCCAUAGAUAGUCCUGAGUUCUAGGCCUAGAGUUCUAGUCCUAGAUAGGCCUAGAGUUCUAGUCCAAGUUGCUUUGCCAGAACUGGCUCUAUCCACCAAGUCAAGGUCACAAGGCUGCCCAGCCAACUGCACUGGCCCAGAAUUUAGGAGAGAUGCUUAUGCUCUGGGUAUCAUCCAGCCAGUUGAGCACUGAGGGCUGCAGCUUUGUGGACAGUGUAGGCCCAAAACUCAGACAAAGUUGCUCAGGCACUAGACACUACCUGCCCAGUCAAGCUGGGGAUAAAGGGGGAGAGGGACUGCUGCCCAGAAGGGGGUGCAAGUCUAAAGUUCAGAUAAGAGUCACUCAGGCACCAGGCCCUGCCCACCCAAAUGAGUUCAGAGAGCCUCCACCAGGUAGAGAGUACUAAUCCGAAAUUCAAUCCAAAGUCGCUUAAACUUUGCGCCCCACAACCCAAUUGAUCUCAGAGAGCCCCGCCUGGUGGAGACCAGAGGUCCAAAGUUUAGUCUGAAGUCACUUAGACACCAACCUGCCCAUCCAAUCAAGCUCAGAGAGCUAUGCAUGUAGAGGGGGCAGGUCCAAAGUUCAGUCAAAAGUCAAGGUCAUUUAAGCACUGGCCCUGCCCACCCAAUGGAGCUCAGAAAUUGUCCUGACCAGCAGAAAACAUAUCUGCCUGAGAAUUUCUGAGGAGCUGGAGAUGGGUAUUUCACCCUCUCCCCACCAAAGUUUGGACUACAGUGCUACUGUUCUAUGCUGCAGGUUGGUGACCAGCAGACUUCCAAGCUUCUCGGUGAGCUCGCUAAACACUCCAGACUAUAGGGGGCAGUCCCUCUGGCAACUAGGGUGGGGGAAGGGCGACCUAUUUGCAGGGAAAAUAUUUGGUCUUUUAUGCCAGAGUGAAGCCUAGUCUCAGGGGUGAGACCUCAAUAGUUAAGGAGGACUAGGACUUAGCGACUGCUGUCCUGUGGGGUAAGGUGAGCAGACUUUUGAAUCCUGUUUGCUGGCAGGCUGGUUGCCUACUGUUGAACUCCUGUUUGGGGGAAGAGGUCUCCUUUCCUCUGGGAGCUCAGCUCAUACUUGUUUUUCUUCUAUUUUCUUGUUUCUGUUGCUUAAUUCAGCCUAGGUAAUGUGUACCUCAAACAGUCCUCUCGGUGAGGAGAUCGUCACAUUAUGCUUGUAUCCACUUCAGUCGAGUAUCUCUCUCUCUGGGCAUGAGCCUCUGGCAAAAGCUGCUUCUAGUCAGCCAUGUUCCCACAAUUCCCCAUGAACUGAAACUUUUCAGCAUCAUGUAUUGACUGUCUAUUCCUAAUAAUGCUUUUCAUCUUAAAUAUCUGCUUUACUACAAUUUAUAUGGGUAUAUUUCUUUGGGAACUUGCUUUCUAUAUUUUUUUCCAUUGCUUUCCUUCAGCUUCUUGAUGUUUUUAUAUUUAAUGUGUCUACUGUCAAUAGCAUAUUCACAUAUUGCUGAAAUAUGUUUGAGAAGCAGUAUGGCUAAAUGGGAAAAAGCACUGACUUAAGCCAGACUGCCCACAUUUGAAUUUUAACUCUACCAUGUACUAGCAGUGUUUCUACAGGCAAGGUUCUGUUCCUCAAUUUCCUCCUCUGCAGAACAGAAAUAAUAAUACUUACCUGAAAAUACUAUGAUGAUGAAAUAUAAAUAUAUACAUAUAAAAAUCACUAGAACAAUGCCUACUACAUUAUAAGUAUGUACUCUAGAAAUAUUGGCUAAUUUAAAACUCCUGUCAGGCAAGUUAAGUCUAUUUAUACUUAAUGUGGGUAUGGAUAUUUUAAAAUUUGUUCCUACCUUGCCUUUUUAUUUCUAUUUGUCAUAUUAUUGUAUGAUUCUUUUUUCUCAUUAUUGCAUCUUUAGUUUUUUGUUUUCUUAUUUUUCCCCUCUACUAAUUCAGAAGUUUUACACAUUAUUAUUAUGCUUUUAGUAGUCUUCUUGAAGUUUUGGUGACCUCCAUAAUAUAGCAAGAAUAGAUCACCUCUCUAGCAGGAGCGUUGAUACAAAAUAGACGAGCUAUAGAUUUACUAUCUGCUAACCACAGAGAUACUUGUUUUCUUAGGAGAAGGAUGUUUUGUUUUGUUUGUUAACCACUCACAAAAUAUUCAAACCAACAUCCAAAACACUUUAAACAGAGUCAAUACUCUUUUUUUUUUUUUUUGGUUAGGCAGGCCUGGGCCUGGUACAUGGAGCUGGCUCUCUAACCAAUGAGUCAUGGGUGCCCAGCCCAGAGUCAAUACUCUUAAUGAACAAAGAACUUCUGGAGAAUUUCAUUGGUGAGAUUUCAAACUCCAUAUGUGGUCAAGGUUCUCUUAGUUAACAUUUCUUAGGACACCUAGUGGCUUUACUUUAGCACUCAUUUUUGGACUUGCUACUUAGAUAAUGUGCAUACAAAGAUGAAUUUGAUCCUUCCCAUUUCACUCCAAUGAAAUUUACUCUGACUUUCAAGACCAUCUGAUUUCAGCCCCUCCCUCUUAACAACUUUCAACUGGACUCUCAGGUAAGGGCAACUCUACUACUCUAAGGUAACAGGAAGUAGUUACAGAAAAUAUGACCAUUAUCCAACAUUAGUCUGUUGAUAAAAAUAACAAUUGUAACCAAAGGAAGAGUUGACUGAAAGGAUAGCAUUGCUGGUAUAUCAUCUAAAAAAACAUGAAACCAUCAUUGUACACAAUAGUGUCCUGGCCCCAUUGCUUGCUUCUUGCUUGACCACUUGUAGCUUAGCUUGUGCUUGACCACUUGUAGCUUAGCUUGUUUUUUAAAGUGCUUGUUUUUCAGAACUGAAAGAGUCAAGAUGACAUAUAGAAUUUAACCAUGACAGUGACAUUUGGUUGUGAGUCCUUAUUUGGUUUAUGUUAACAUGAAAGAAUCUAGAAAGCCUAAGUUGGUGAUAUUUCUCUUAAAAUAGGUUCUGCAUUUCCUUUGGCUGGCAGCCAAGGGGGACUAAACUGAGGUCACUUUGGUCCCCUCAAGGUCCCCAGCUUAAUUAAGAAUUAAGAGAUUCUGCUCCUUCACUUUGUUAUAGGCCUAUCAUUCAGACUCAUUCAGUUUUAGGCAUUGAGUAACUUUCAGUAUGUAGAUGUAGUUUAGCACUUAAAGCUCCCAUUUGGUUUCUAUUUUCUUUUUUUAUUUAAACCCUUGGAGAAUUCUCUUAUUUCUGUGAACCCAGCAAUGUACACAGUUUUUCUGUGAUGGCAAGGUCCUUUAUCUAAUCUACCAGAAACUUAAAUCUCUCAUUUAUACUCUCUAAUCUACUAUCAUCUGGCUUCUGUCCCCAUCACUCCAUUGAAACUCCAUUUGCAAAUGAAAAAAGUAACAUCUUUGUUCUUAAAAAUCAGUGGUAAUAUUUUCAGAUCUCACAUUAUUCCAUCUUUUAGGCAACAUUUGACAUUGCUUAUUAUUUUGCCUUCUUUAGAGACCUUACUUUGGUUUUUGUCACAUUUUGGUCUUCCUUUUCUUCCGCUCUUUAUAGCCACUUGGUCUUAAGACUCAUUUUCCUCUUUCCAGUCUUUAAAGGUUAGUGCUUCUCAGAGUUCUAACCAAGUCCAACUUUUCUAAUCACUAUGCCAAAAAUUAUGAGUAAUCUGAUUUCACCCUAUGGUUUCCAUUAUCAGUUAUUUGCUGUUGACUCCCAAAUCCAUACCUUUAAUCCAUAUCUUUCUUUUAAAUUCUACAUCUGUACUAAAAUUUACUUGGAUGUCACAAGCUCCUUAAUCUCAAUUUGCUCCGAUCUGAAUUCCUCUCUUCACUCUUUGCCACAUUCAAAAUCAAUUCCUUCUUUGAUAUACCCCAUCUCAGUGAAUGACAUUGAUAGUUGUCCAAAUCAGAAAUCUAGGAGUCAUCCUCAUCAUUUCUUUCCUACCAUUGUAGUAAUUAAUCACCAGAGCAAUUGAUUCUGUAUCUUAAAUCUCAUCCAUUAACUUCCCCAUUGUCCUAUAAUCUAUUCAAGACCACUAAGAUCUCCCUAUGUCUAAAUCUUGCUAUUUCCCUAUGUCUAAA